AGGUAACAACGAACGCGUUUGGAGCCUCUAAAAUUUUCAUGGUGACUGAAAAUCCGCACGAUUCUUGGUUUACACAUCCCGGCAAACAUGGCCUCCAAAGACGAGCCCGUCUUUUACGCUCCAAUUCCAUCCCAUCCGACCCACCAAAACGUCAUCGUAUUGCCACUCUACCAACCUGCUUCCUACCGCCGAAGGCGCCGUCUCCGAUUAUGUCUCAUCCCCACUGCGGUUCUGCUCCUCUGCGCAGCCGUCUACUGCCUCUAUCCCUCCGAUCCGUUUCUCCAACUCGCCCGACUCCAACUCAACCACGUCCGAGUCAACUCGUUCCCCAAACUCACCCUCGACGUAUCGUUUUCUUUGCUCGUAAAGGUCCGCAAUAGGGAUUUCUACUCCCUGGACUACGAUUCCCUCGUGGUCUCGGUGGGGUACAGAGGGAGAGAGCUAGGGUUUGUGAGCUCCGGUGGAGGUCGCGUUAGGGCCAGAGGCUCGUCGUACGUGAACGCCACUCUCAACCUCGAUGGAUUGGAGGUCAUCCACGAUGUUUUUUACUUGCUCGCGGAUUUGGCAAAGGGCAUAAUUCCCUUCGAUACCGAUACGGAGGUGGUCGGAAACCUAGGGCUCUUUUUCUUCAAAAUUCCUCUUAAGGCAAAAGUCUCUUGUGAGGUGUAUGUAAAUACAAACGACCAGACUGUUGUCCGUCAAGAUUGCUACCCUGAGUGAUGCUGGAAAAAAUUAUACUCGUUCAGAACUACGAAAUAACAAGAUGGAUGCGGAUUAAAUAGUUAGGUGCUAGAGGUGAAUGGUGUUAUGGUUGCAGCAUACAAGUUAAGGAGGAUUUACCUUGUAUUUUAUUACAUAAUCUAAUCCCCUGUAGAUUUUUUUUUUUUUUUUUUUGGGGUACAUUUAAGAGGUUAGAUGGAUAUUUUAAUUAGAAAUGGUCGAUGUGUAUAUUGAUCAAAUUCUUGGAAGUCCUAGAUAUGAACAAAUGAACCAUUUACAUUAUCUUCAUUCCUGAACUAUUGAACUUAGAAGUCUUA